AUGCGCGUUUUGGCAAUCCUUCUCCUUUUCGUCUUUCUUGUCCAGGUUUUAUAGUGUGAUUGAUUCCAAAUGAUACAUUUAUUCUUGAAGGCUUUGCCGCGAUCGAAACGGCAAACGUGUACUUGUCAGCCGGGAGAGGCGCCGAAAUGUGGAUGCCAGGUCUUUUUUUAAAAUUUUCUGUCAUAUAUUUAUUGAAUUUUAGUACGUGCAAGUUGCGGAUAACCUGUCGAAAAUGGUGUGCAGCUGUUCUUCGCCAACGCCUCCGAAAUGCGUUUGUACUGAGCCGGUGAGUAUUUUUUUCAAUGUUUUGGUAUUUUAAUGAUUUAGAAUUUUUUUUAUUCCUUCAAUGUUCGUUUUGAAUAUUCGUUUCUUAAAAUUAUCAGCUCAUUCAAUUUAUUUAAUUUUUUCUUUACGGUGAAGCAUAAAAGUCUCAGAACUCGGUUCAAAUUGAAUUUUUCUGCUUUUUUUAAAGAACUUUUUUUGAAAAAUGGCCUAUCAGGUUUUGGCUUUCGAGCAUGAAAUUUGAUAAAUUGGAAUAAGAACUGUUUGAAGUUUUGAGUGAGACAUUUUUGUUACAUUCUUGUUUCAAAUUUCUAUUAAAGAUUUUCUUUAAACUUCAAAAAUCUUCACAAGAAACUUGAAAGUAAAUUUCAAAAAAACGCUGUUUUAGCUUUUUGUUGAAAAACUUUUCCAAUUAGUCAAGAUUUUUUUUUACAUGUUCCGUUUGGCUCUGCAUAGCGCGACGUACAAACUUAAAUUUUAAACAUUUUUUUGAGCUUGAUUUCAUUUGAAAAGUUUUUUUCCUAAUUUUUUUAAAUUUUUAAAUGGCUUGUUCUACAGGCGCCUAAGCUUUCUUGGGUGAAAGAAAAGUUCUACCAAAUCCUGAAAUUUUGCUUGAAUUUGUCAAAUAUUUUUCUUAAAGUAACCAAGUUCUAAAGAAGUCUCAGAAAUUAUCAAAAACUUUUUUGAACCGAAAAAAAACUUCUGUUAACAAACCAGAAGGCUAUUUUUUCAGGCGCCAGCCCCGACGCCUUCCUGCGUGGAAGUGUGCCAAUCGAGCUGCAUGAAGAGCUGCAGCAGCCUCCAGAACAACAGCAAGUGCUCCUCGGUCUGCUCGGACGCCUGCCAGUUCACCUGCGCCAAGCAAACGACCACCGUCGCGCCCGCCACGGAGAAGCCCUUCGUCAGCGAAUAUCGCUUCAUCGUUCCGUCGCAGGGCGCUCCAGUGCCCGUUCAGCCACAGGUAUCUUAUACCUAUAUUGGUUAGGGUUGAAAAAGAAAAUAAACUUAUUAUUUCCUGUUCAAUUCGACUAUUAAACCAACCAUCGGUCGAGUCUUAAUAAUGACACUUCAGAAGUUUUUUGAAAUAUGCGCUUGAUUCCUUAUGAAAAUUUAUGCAGCUUGUAUCAUAAGUUUCAACUUCUUUCUCUUUCUAACGAUUUUUCUUAAGGUAUUUCAAGCAUUGUUACUUCUGGAUGUUACUAAUUUUUUCUUGUUUUAAAGCCAAUUUUUUUUCUCACGUUUGGGUUGUUGGUCCUGACUUUGAGACGUUUUUUUCUCGAAAACUAAGAAUUUUCACAGGCUUUUGCACUUUAAAAUUCUCACAUAGUACGUAGAAGAGUGUUCUAGUCAGUUUUCAGAAUUCUUCGAGCAAAAUCAAAUUAUUUUAAGCUUCUUUUUGAUGCGCAGACUUGAACCAGCGACCUUGCGAACGCCAAAAAUUAGUCUCACCAACUGGGCCACGUCUACCUAAUUCAUAUAGAGUGUUUUCAGCCGUCUCCUCUUGCAAUUGUGAUCAGUCCGAACCCUCCAGUCACCCCUGCCACCACGACCGUCGCUCCUCCGUCUCUCGUUUUGGUGAGACCCGAUUUUUUGCGGCUUGAGAAAUUUUGGCAGCUUCUCGAGUCGACCAGAAGAUUAUUUAUUUAAAUAAAGAUGCCUUCCUAUUCCGAAUCUGCACAUAAAAUUGCAAGGGAAUCUUUGAUUUUGGAGCAAGAAGUAUAUUUUUGAAUCGUGCUUUUAUCGGUAUGCUCCCAGUCGCCAGUUUUCUGUGGCUUUGACUAGAAUUUUAUUUAUUUUUGUGAAAUAUUGGGUCACUUUAGAAGAUCAUGCUAGUAGUCCCUAAACGUCUUUUUAACUUUCAAAUCAGAAAAAAUUGAAAGACUUUCAUAAUGACCACAUAAGCCUUAUCGGGUUAGGGGUCAGACCCGAAAUCCCUUUAGGGAGCGCUAUUUUGUCCCCUAUAGGGGCUGUUCUCUACCGAACCACUCUGGCGUUCCUAAGUUGGUUAAUGAACUUUCUUCUGAGAAGAGUGAUGACUAACUUUUUUUCCAAAUUCUGACUUGAAGAGCUGCGACGCCGACUGCAUGCCGCUGUGCUCGUUUGCCUGUACGAAGCUCCGGCCGACGCUUCGUGUCAUUGGUCAGAUGAUCGACACGAAGACGUCAGGCGCCCAGUGCAAGAAGACGUGCAGCGAGACCUGUCUCACCGUUUGCCAGUUAGUUUAUUGAUAAUAUAUUUAUUUCAAUCAGGAAAAUAACCAAUAAGUUAAAGUGCAAGAGUUAAAAAUGAAUGAAGAACUUGUUUUUUUGUCGCCCAAGGUGUGAAACCUGAAGUAAAAUUACUCCUAGUCUUUUCGAGUAAUAAAGUUUUUCGCGAAAGAUUCUUUUUCAAGACCUCCAGUGAUUUAGCCAAAAAAAAAUAGAAAGUCUGAUAUUUCAUCCCCUGCAUCUUAAGGGCUAUUUCUAUAUUUCUAUUAUUUUUCUCAAUUAUAAAAAGGUACUCAGAAAAAAAUCAAACGUCUUCAAGUCUUUUUUCACCCAUCAGGAAGUUUAAAAAAAUUAACUUAGAAAAAAAUCUCCCUCCCACCCAAUUGUUCAAGUUUCGACUUUUUCUGAGCUCCCCCUUCCAGCCGGAUAUCUUCCCCCGAGGGUCAAGACUAUCGGCUAUCCAUCUUGAUCACCGGCCUUCUCCUCAAACACUUAUCACUUUCUUCAGCUUUCUGUUUGCCUUCAAAUUUGCGCGAAACGAAACGUUUAUGUCAAGUGGAGUUUGAGCCUACAGCUGAAUUUUGAUAGUUGUAUGUUUUGGUUUCAAAAUUCAACGAAGUCUUGUCGGAUUUUUUUUUUUUUGAAAGUAUGAGUUUAUUCAAGAAGCUGUGCGAUGCAUUUCUUAGUGCCAUUUUGAAAUUUUUCAGACUUUUCGCAGCGUAUAAAUUCAAUAAAUAAUAUAUUUAUAAGAAACAAUUUUUGAGGCUUCUCAUUCCAUGUGAGAUAAAUCAACAUAACUUUCAUAAAAGAGCUUCACAAGAACGAGAAUUUUGAAUUGGUGCCAAACCGCUUCGGACAUGAACUGCAAAUGUCGCAUCUCGCCAUUUAAAGCGAGAAAAUGAAUAAUAUCAAAAAUUCCAAAUUUGAAGAGCCAGCGGAGUUUCGUUGUCGGAAUGCGCGGGUAACUGCGGACCAGCCUGCGAGGACACGUGCAGCCUCGUCAAGCCAACCUGCGUGGCGACCUGCAUGCCGACCUGCUCACCGCAAUGCACCCUCACGGUACGUCGGAAAGAAAAAAAUGAAAAACGGUAGAAAAAGUGUGAACAUUGAUCUGGCGAAAUUCAAGUUCGCGCUUGGAAAAUUUCGUUCAAAUGUUAUGUCGUCUUCCGCGAAAUACAAAAUAACCGCCAGAGAAUGAAAAAGAUAAAUAAGAUUUGGAAAUUCUGCCUAUCGCGGAAAGGUUUUUGCCUUUGGCGGAAAUCACUUUGAACACGGCACUAUCGCCGCGACUUGUAAGUUUCCGAGUCUCUGCGUCUCUCUGUUCCCUCACCGGCAAGCUUAGAGUAAUAUAAAAAGAGCACGUCAACAUGAGAGUUCGCCGAGCGACGAGGAGGCGCAGAGAAAUUGCGAAAAACGGACUAAAGUGGAAUAUAGAUUUCCAAGCAGACAAAUGAAGCCUCUAUUUUUUUCUAGAUCAAGAAAACAAUUUAUUUAAUCUUUCAAUGUAAUUUUGAAGAUAAAACUUCAUUUCAGCUCGAAAUCGCUGAGGUCCCAACGACGGCGGCUCCUACGACCACUGCUUCGGUGCCCACCAUCUGCAAGAAUGAAUGCACAGUAAGUUAGAGAAGGCCGGUUUCUGAAAAUUUUAGGAUAUGGGAACGCUCGAACUUAAAGCAGAAAAUAUAAUUUUCUAAAUCAAUCAAUAAGUCAAGUUAAUUUAUUUUGUUCUAAUUAUACUAGGCGAUAAACACGAAAUUUUGGCUAUAACGAAAAAACGCCUUUGGCGAACUAGAAUUCCAAAGUGUAGUUGAUCAAGUUCGAAGCAUGGCCUUAUGAUCUUUCGACUCGUUCUUCUACGUGUAGUUCCUCCAGCUCAGGAUGUAGCGGAUGUUGUAGCUGGAGCCGACAGAGUGAAGACUUCACACGGAAUGAUUCAAUUUUUGCAGGUCCAAUGCGAACACCAAUGCGGCGUCAACUCCUUGUCAGGACCGCAAUGCUUGGCGGCUUGCCAAACGACGUGCUACCCAGUCUGCCAGGCCAAACUCCGGCGACGACUCUACCGCGCCCCAGUCCGACCCCACGAACCAAAACGACUCAACUAA